GCCAGCGCCGCGCCAUGGGCGAGCGCACAAUUUCUCCCCCAGAUGAAAAGUUGUCACAGAGUGCGACAUUCUGUAUAUACAUAGAUACGUACAUGAGAUAUUAGCGAAAACAGGCAGAAAACAUCAUUGAGAACCCCGACUUACUUGGCCGCCCACGCGACAAACCCAUCACCAGCCAACAGCAUGUCAGGCAGCCCCAGUUCACCGACAUCGCCCGCCAAUGACAGGCCACAAACUCCGGGGGAGGCGGGCGCCUCGGACAUGGUCGUCAACGCGAAUGGCAAGCGUCGUCUAACUGAAGAGGAAAAGAGGGAAAACCACACUCGUUCUGAGCACAAGAGAAGAGAGACGAUACGCGGCCACUUUGAGAGGAUAUGCGCCAUCGUUCCAGAACUCGAUAGCUCAAUGUCACGAUCUGAAGCCCACGUGAUUGUGAUGUCGCAUACUUACAUCAAGGAGCUCAAGGCAAGAAGACGAGCGCUUGUUGAGUUUCUAAGGUCCAAAGGGGUUGAGAUUGACGAAAGCAAGCUUAGCCUAGAUGUGGCAACUCUGGACUACACUGAGAACAAUGUGCAUCCAGAAAAUGGCACAUAAUUAUUAUUUGGGGUAUUAUUGAAACGAUUUAGCAGACAGCGGAUCUGGGCCCACGGGACACAGUUGCUUUGGAUUCGGAGCUGGCAGCGUUGGUAGCUCUGUCGAAUUUGUUGGGAAGGCGGUCUUGUUUUUAGCGCACAAUUAUCACUUUCAACAGGAAAUUACAGAAAGGGAAGAGGGU